AUGAGUGAUAUCAAUCCCUCAGUCGAGAUCUACCGCUCCUGCCUUCCGGUCCUCUCGAUCGUCUUCUUAGGGGCACCCCAUAAAGGACUACACACAACCGCACUAGAGACCCUAGUCAAAUCUAGACCCACAGAGGAUAUGAUUCAAGGAUUGAAAGCUGAGUCUCCGACAUUAACAGAUUUGAAUGACAAAGUUCGAUACGUUGCAAGAGAAAUCAAUAUCUUAACCUGCUACGAGCUCUAUCCGACCAAGACUGCGGUUCAACUGUCCUGGCCUCGAGAGGAAUCGAUAUCGUGUCAUGUUGAUCACAGCCAAAUAGCCAAGCUGGAACGGGGUGAAAGCAGCGUAUACCCAAGUGUUAGUUGCGCGAUCGAGAGCGCUAUCGAGGAGCAAACCAUCUUCGGUUUGUCUCGGUUUCAGGUAUCCGAUGCAAUUGCAUCUGAAGACUCGGGUACAAUUCAUUAUAACGAUCUUAAGCCCGGCCCAAGUCGCUCCUCCGGCCACGCUGGUAAUAUCACAAUAGAUAAGGGGAGAGAUUAUCAACCGCCACUGCGGCUCAAUCUCCAGAUUUUUUAUCGCCAGAACAGCUCUGCGCCGCCAUCAGGACGGAAAGCGCAAGAGUUACUAGCACGAGGCUGUAGCCUUCACUCAGUGGACUCCAGGGGAAGCGGGAUCCCACCUGAGGCUUAUCCCAAGAAGGGCAAAGAUCCUUAUCUGCUCGCCGCGUAUCUCAGGCAGGGAAAGGUCCUGAAAUUACUACUAGAGCAUGGAGCCGAUUCAUCUCGAGCCGAGUCCGAUGGAGUCACAGCAUUACAUGCAUUUAUUUUUGGCGUUUUCAAGACGGAAACACCACCUACUGAAUCAAUUGUGGCUCUGCUACUGCAGCACAGGACUCCUCUAGAGCAAGUGUACUGGAUGGGCUGGACUCCGCUGAUGUAUAGCGUAGAUCUCGGCUUCUUGUUGGUGUUGACCAAGACUCUCCUUGAUCAUGGCGCGAACGUGAAUAUCUUCAAUCAGUCUGGUGCGAUAAUCUUGCACUAUGCUGCAAGGGGGGAGAAUCCAGAUAUCGUGGCGUUGCUGCUUCACAAGGGCGCUGACGUCGACCGUACGUCGCCUGAUGGGCAGACCGCUCUACAUUGGGCCUGUAGUGGUAGCGCAUCAUCUUCUGCACAGAUCGUGAGAAUGUUGUGA